GGGAAAUGUACAGCGCGAGCCCAUGCCGGCUCCCUGGUCUACUUAAAUGAAAAGCUAAAGUGGCCAAGCACGAGCUGGCAAACGCUCAGGUACAGGGGCCUCGAGCAUUGCAAUAUACUUCCGUAGAAUCCGUCAGGUGAAGUUGGCGUUCACGUGUUGUCCCCAUGUGCUCUUGACACACACGCUCAGGCAGGCAGGCGCACCAGCUGCUCACCGCUUGCAUCGCAGACAUCUUUCGCCGCAUAACAGCAGCGUCCGGUUCGGGAUCAAUCCCGCCAGCUGCACCUAUGGGUCGCCAGUCGUACGACCUGACAAGCGUUGCUAACGGACAUGCCGCAAUACAGAAAUACUCAACAGACAGGUCAGCCGAUGGGGAGUCUGUGUCGCAGCCGCGUGAGGUUGUCCUGGACUGCCGCCGUCUCCAGGACCAACGACACGACAGCGAUCCGGCGCUGCUCAAGGAGCUCACCGAGGAUGGUUAUGCGCCACGGGACCGCAUGAUCGGCUGGUCCUGUGCCUUUCUCGUAGUCGGAGCAUUUCUGCUGAUAAGUGGUGGUGUCAUGCUGGCACUGUCGCUCAUGGUUGAGCCGGAGUCCAAUAGCUUGGCCGGUUACUACGACGUGCCCACCACCCAGCUGGGAGCAGCACUUUUGGGCGUGGCUGCCGGGUUCUUCCUGCUGGCCAUUGUCAAGGUUUGCUGGCACCGGCACUUGUAACUCUCCAUUUCAUCGAAAGGAUUCGAAGCUCGCUCGAAAGAAGGCGUUAGUAACCAAUAGUAUAUUGCAUGACGCUCCACGCGCCACUUGAAACAUUGCAUUUGCAGGUCUCUCGACACGCUACUCCACCGAAGGUCGGGUGUAGCUCACCAUCUAUCUGCUCGGGCAAAAAAUGACUGCAAAGCACACUACGACUGGCAUGAUGACGUUUCAUGGCCUUCAGCACACCAGAGAGUAACGCAGAUUACGUCACCUCAGCAACACAAGUCUCCAAAGCCAGAAGUCUCCAAAAGUAGUCUCCAAAAGCCCAAGUCUCCGACACAAGUCUUGAAAACCUCGACACCCUACUGUGAAGCAGGAAAGAAACCUCAGCCGACGAUCGCAAGAGCAGGCGCAGUAGCCGCAACGCGACAAAUGGUGCAGCGAACCCCUCACAAACACGCCCCAAUGCGUGCAAUGUGAAGUGACUAAGUGUGCGAAACCAAAACCCUAAACUUUUGCUGAUCUGCGUGUGUGUUCUUGUGAGUGACUUUGUAUGGCGAAAAAAAAAAUUAAUUUCAACCUGUGGGCCCCAACAGGUUCAAGGAUCACAGAGCAUUUGUAAUGGCACAAGUGGCAGUUCCUCCGUACUGGUUUCUGCUUGAAGAGCGGCAUACUUGUUAAUAGUUUUCGUUUUUCUCUUUUCAUUUUCACCUCAUUCACUAUGAAACUUCUGCGGAACUUUCUGCAAUGAUAUCCAUAAAAUGAUGUGCUGAGUGUGUUUUUCCCUACUUUGCUGGGUGGUCAAAUAGGUAUUUCUCUGCGUGAAAUACCAGCAGAAGAAGCCCAGUCACUGAGUGCCAGACUUCGUGCCUUCCUAUCAGCACCCGAGAUACGAAGGCAUUCCUUAUAACGACGCGACAUGGCGGCACCCAGAAAUCUUAUCUCAUGUGUGGCUAUUGCUCAGAUAGCGCGUAUAGCGCACGCACGCAUUUCUUUCUUCUACUUGAAGAAAACUGGGUCUCUACGCGCCUGUAUUACUUUACCAAAAAAGGAAAGGUUGGGCCAUUUGGUGUUGCCAUGGCGAACGAGCGUAGUGAGAUACAGCGCGUCAUCUACGGCUUCGACAAACAUCGUAAAAUAAAAUAAAAGAAUAUUAGCCAACCAGGCCAAGGCUUGAUGGCGAGCUGCUGUGUCUUACUGCUGAGCGUGCAACUGCCUACCACUCGUACGUACCAAACACCAGCUCUCUCCCAAGCUCUAAAUGCAGAUAUUGUGGCC